AUGUUGACUAAUCAACUUUGUAUCUGCAUGCUAUCUCUAGGUCAGAGCCGGGGCUUCGCUUUUGUUGAAUUUAAUCAUUUGCAGGAUGCUGCACGUUGGAUGGAAGCUAAUCAGCAUUCCCUCAACAUUCUGGGUCAGAAGGUUUCCAUGCACUACAGUGAUCCCAAGCCUAAAAUUAAUGAGGAUUGGCUUUGCAAGAAGUGUGGAGUUCAAAACUUCAAACGUCGUGAAAAGUGUUUCAAAUGUGGUGUGCCCAAAUUAGAAGCUGAACAGAAGCUACCAAUAGGAAUGCAGCUGGACCAGCAAGCAAUGCCUUUGGGUAUCCGAGAACCGAGCCAAGGCCUGCUGCCUCUACCACAAUCGUACCAGACCCAGGGUGUACUUGCGUCCCAUGUUUUGUCCCAGAGCUCUGAGCCCAACUCUGAGAAUGCUAAUGACACCAUAAUCCUACGCAACCUGAAUCCUCAUAGCACCAUGGACUCAAUCCUGGGGGCUUUGGCUCCCUAUGCUGUACUGUCAUCUUCCAAUGUCAGAGUCAUCAAAGAUAAACAGACACAGCUGAACCGUGGCUUUGCCUUCAUCCAGCUAUCUACCAUCGUGGAGGCUGCUCAGCUGCUUCAAAUUCUCCAGGCUCUGCACCCCCCACUUACUAUUGAUGGCAAGACAAUCAAUGUGGAAUUUGCCAAGGGUUCCAAGAGGGAUAUAUCCUCCAAUGAUGGGAAUCGUAUCAGUGCUGCUUCUGUGGCCAGUACAGCAAUUGCUGCUGCCCAGUGGGCCAUCUCACAGACAACCCAGGGUGGGGAGGGAAACUGGAUGGCUCCAGAGGAGGCAGUGGCAGACUACAGCUACUAUCAGCAUGAUGAGAGCUAUUGUGGCCCAAGAAGUGAAGCUACUCCUUAUAGCCAUAGUAGCUAUGUUAAAACCAAGACUCUGGGUGUAGCAAGUAGCAAAGGUGAACUGACUGGAAUAGGCUCUGAGACUUCCCUGGAACCUGGCAUAUCUGGUAUAGAUAUGCCACUCAUCCAGACCUUUCACCAUAUCCAGCCCAAUGUCUAUCAGCAGUCGGGUACUGAAGUGGGCUGUGCCCAGGGGGCAGUGACCAUUAGCCAGGCCCAGACAUACACAAUUGUGUCCCCUGCUAUUUUGAAGGCAGAGCUUCUUGGUUCAGCUCAGCUUAGCUCUGCAUCAUCAGCUGCCACCGGCUCCUCUGUUCAGGAUUCCUAUGGCCAGUACCCUAUACCUGAUGUUUCCACUUACCAAUAUGAUGAAACUUCAGGCUACUAUUAUGAUCCUCAGACUGGGCUUUAUUAUGACCCCAACUCUCAGUAUUAUUAUAAUGCCCAUAGUCAGCAAUACCUAUAUUGGGAUGGAGAACGGCGCACUUAUGUACCUGCCCUAGAGCAGGUAACUGAUGGACACAAGGAAACAGGGAUCAACUUGAAGGAGGGAAAAGAAAAGAAGGAGAAGCACAAGACCAAGACAGCACAACAGAUUGCAAAGGACAUGGAACGUUGGGCCCGAAGUCUCAACAAGCAGAAGGAAAACUUCAAAAAUAGCUUCCAGCCCAUUAGUGCCCUAAAGGAGGAUGAGCGUCGCGAGUCAGCUACAGCUGAUGCUGGUUAUGCCAUCCUUGAAAAAAAGGGAGCACUGACUGAGAGGCAGCAUGUCACUAUGGAACUCCCUAAACUCACUAGUGAUGAGCGCCUCACUCCACCACGAGGACUAGUGGCUGCAUACAGUGGGGAAAGUGAUAGUGAGGAGGAACUUGAGAGGAAUACUGAAAGGGAGGAAAGACUUACAGACUGGCAGAAAUUGGCUUGCCUUCUUUGCCGACGCCAGUUCCCUAGCAAGGAGGCUCUAAUACGCCACCAGCAACUUUCUGGACUACAUAAGCAAAACCUAGAGAUUCAUCGACGUGCCCACCUAUCUGAGAAUGAACUAGAGGCAUUGGAGAAAAAUGACAUGGAGAUGAAAUAUCGAGACCGGGCAGCAGAACGCCGAGAGAAAUAUGGCAUUCCUGAGCCUCCAGAACCCAAAAAAAGGAAAUUUGGUACCAUGGCUUCCACCACUGUAGGUCUUGAACAAUCAACUCAGCAUGGGCUGAGCAGCAACAACAUUGGUAGUCGCAUGCUGCAAGCCAUGGGAUGGAAGGAAGGCAGUGGGCUAGGCCGUAAAAAACAAGGCAUUAUCACCCCCAUUGAGGCCCAUACAAGGGUUCGGGGCUCUGGCCUAGGCUCUCGGGGCAGCUCCUACAACGUCAGCUCAUCUGAGUCAUACAAAGGAACUCUCCACAAGACCAUGCUGACCCGCUUCAGUGAGACCGAGUGA